AUGAUAACAGCGGUGACGAUCGUUGACGAUAGUGGUGGAUCUUCGUUGCUUGUCGGAACUUGUAGAUCUCGAACAGAAAAUCAUAGAUCUAGUGGCGUUAAUCGUGGAUCUGAAACUGAAUAUGUAGAUCUGGAAUCAUUUGGAGCAUACAGAUCUGAUGGAAGUGGUUGGCCGGUGGUAAGAGGCGGCAACAGCGGUGGUGCGGUGGUGGUGGUAAAGUUGGUGUGUUCUUCAAGUUUGGCUCAUCACGCCAUGCAAUCUGCAUAUCUAGAAGCUCAAAUAAAGUACGACGGAGACGGGUCAAAGGUGGAUAUAGACUCCUCAACGGUCGGGGAAGUCAACGUCCUGCAACCAUCUUCGGUGAAGCUUGCGUUGGCGGGUCUAGCACAACUGAAGGAGGCGGCGGCGUUGCAGAUCGGUGUUCGCGCGAUUAGGGCUACGAAAAUCGUAGCGGCGUGGGGUGUCUUAAUCGGGAUUUUUGCCGGAGAUGGUGAGAACGUCGGCGAUGAUUCGGUGGCUAGGGUGUGGGGAUGA